CUUCUCUCAGAACCAUCAAUUUGCAGCCAACUUUGAAUUAAGUGAAGUGAUACAUUAGCCAACUUUGAUCGUUUAUAUUUCUUGUGGUUUAGUUUCUGGUUGAUCUGAAAAUGGCGGAGCAUACCAACGUUGGCGGUGAGCAAGGAGAAGUGGAGAGCAAGGACAGAGGGAUAUUUGAUUUCUUGGGGAAGAAAGAGGAGGAGAAGGCUGAAACUCAACCGGAAACGAUGGCCACUGAGUUCGAGAAAGUUAAGAUAGAAGAAACAAAGGCAGAGGAGGGACACAAGGGAGACGAGAAGAAGCCCAGUCUCCUCGAGAAGCUUCACCGAUCGGAUAGCAGCUCCAGCUCUUCUAGUGACGAGGAAGAAGGUGAAGGCGGAGAGAAGAAGAAGCAGAAGGAGAAGAAAGGAUUCAAGGAGAAGAUCAAAGAAAAAAUCGGUGGUGAAAAGAAAGAAGAUGACACGGCGGUCCCGGUGGAGAAGUGCGACUCAGAGACGCCGGAGAAGGGUUUCAUGGAAAAGAUCAAAGAGAAGCUCCCCGUGCAACAUAAGAAAGAUGAAGAGGUUACCGCACCGCCACCAGCUGCGGCUGUACCAGCCGAGAAAGUAACGGUGGUGCACCAUGAAGAAGAUUCGAAAGAGAAGGGAUUUUUGGAGAAAAUCAAGGAGAAGAUUCCCGGUUACCAUUCCAAAACUGAGGAGAAAGAUACCGCUGCUUCCCAUUAAAGAGUCGGUACUUCUUAUUUGAAGCAAAAAAAUGUCUAUGGGAUUGCCUGUUCUUUUUUGUUUUGGUUACAUAUUUCAUGUUUGUGUCCUUUUUUUAUUCUGUUUGCAAGUAAAAAAA